AUGUAUAUUGAAAGGGAAGAACCUAAAGAAGAAAAGAAAAAGGUGCUAGCUUUGAAGGCCAAGGAGACCAAGGUCAAAGAAACUAAAGCAAAGGAAGCUAAGGAGUCAAACUAUUCUAGUGAUGAUGAGUUUCUUGAAUUGGACUCGGAUGAUGGGAGUGACAAAGAAAUGGCCUUGUUCACCAAGAGAUACAACAACUACAUCAAGAGGAAGCAAGACAAAAGCAAGAGAGAAUUUCACAAAAGACCAUUCAAGAAGGAAGAUUGCAACAACAAUGAGAAGAGUCCACAAAGAUCACAUAGGAAAGAUAAGGAAGUCAAGAAAAGGGAUUACAAAGUGACAUGGGAUGACUCUAGUGAAGAGGAUGAGGACUAUGAAAGUGAAAGAGCCAACAUUUGUUUCAUGGCUAAUAUAGAGGAAGUCUCUUCCACUAAGGUACACAAUGACUCCUUUAUUUCCUCUUCUUCUAUUGAUGAUCUCUCUACCCAGGAUCAUGAAAGUUAUAGUGGAGAUGAGAAGGUGGAAAUGAUGAAAACUAUGGCUAAGAAAGUCAAUAGCUAUAAGAGAAAAAUUGUGAAAAACAAAGAAAAUUUUUCCUUACUUGAGGCUAAAAUUAAUGAUUUUCAAAAACAAAUUGUUAAUUUGAAUUUACAUAAUGAAUCCUUAAAAAAUUCAAUUUCUAUACUCAAUACUUCCAAUCUCACUUCUCUCAACUCUUUGAAAGAAGAGAAUGAGAAAUUAAAAAAGGAAGUGAUUGAGUACAAAACUUCUUUGACUAAGUUUCAAAAUGGAAAACAAUCUUUAGAUGAGAUGUUGACUCUCCAAAGACCUUCUUCUUCUAAGGAAGGAUUGGGUUUUGUGGCUAGUUGCUCAUCAUCUCCAUCCUCUAGAACCACCUUCAAGAGAGCUAGAACGAUACAAUCUUCUUCUAUAGAUGUGGAGUUCACAAAGGAGACAACACCCUCUAGUCCUUCUAUGACUAAGAUGGAUGUUGAUCCUCCACAAGCUAAGGCCAACACAUCUAAGGAUGAUAAGCCUAAAGUUACCAAGUCAAGCAUUCCAUCAAAUGCUAAGGCUAAGGACACUAGACCAAGCAUUCCCAAGAAUGCUAAGCCUAGAAGUCCCAACCACAAGGGACAACCACCCAAGGGCAAGAAUGCUCACACCAACCCAAGACAACCUCACACAUGUUGCUCUUGUGGUAAUGAUGCUCCUUCAACUCAUUCUAGAACAUGGAGAUCUAAGCCUAAAAAGGCUAAGUCAACCAUUAGAUGUUUCUAUUGCAUGAAGGGCAAAGGAGUAGCCAUCAAUGAAAAUCGACCCUGGAUUGUGGAUAGUGGGUGCUCAAGGCACAUGACCGGAACUUCAAAGCUAUUCACAACCCUUCAAUCAAAGGAUGGUGGCUAUGUAACCUUUGGUGACAAUGCAAAAGGAAAAGUGGUUAGUAUUGCUAAUAUUGGUAAGACUUCAAACUCAUCUUCUUGUAUUAGAAAUGUUCUAUUAGUUGAUGGUUUGAAGCAUAACUUGUCAAGUGUAAGUCAAUUAUGUGAUAGUGGCUUAAGAGUCACUUUUGACUCUAAGGCUUGUUACAUUACUCAAGUGAGUGAUAACAAGUCCAUCCUUAGAGGAGAAAGGAGUGAAAAUAUUUACAUAAUUGACUUAGACUCAACUUCUAACAAGAAUCUCAAGUGUCUUACGUCCACAAAGAACGAGCCUUGGCUUUGGCAUAGAAGGCUUGCCCAUGCUAACAUGGAGUUGAUAGACAACUUGAGAAAAGGAAAACUUGUGAUUGGACUUCCGGAUAUUAAAUUUGAGAAGGACAAAGUUUGUGCUUCAUGUCAAAUGGGGAAGCAACACAAGUCAUCCUUCAAAUCCAAAAAGGGGGUAAGUACAUCCAAACCUCUUCAAUUGAUUCAUAUGGAUUUAUUUGGACCAUCUAGAGUUGCUAGUUUGGGUAGUAAGAACUAUACCUAUGUCCUUGUUGAUGAUUACUCUAGAUAUACUUGGGUUAUUUUCAUGGCUCAUAAGGAUGACACUUUUGAUGCUUUUAAAAGUUUUUCAAAACUUGUUCAAAAAAAAUGGGAUAUUAUAUUAUGA